AUGAUUGCUUGUGAAUCGGAAAUUGCACCUCAUUUUAAAAUGGAGGACAAAAAGACAGCCAUUCGAUUAAUGCGAAAAGAUAUGUUUAUGGCGACAAUAGACCUUAAAGAUUCGUAUUUCUUAAUUCCGGUGGACAAAUCUAGUAGAAAAUACCUCAGAUUUAUUUAUAAAAACACGUUGUACGAGUUUAAUUGUAUGCCGUUCGGUCUAUGCACAGCACCAUAUGUGUUUACUAAACUCAUGAAACCAAUAGCGCAAAAAUUGAGGUCAAAAGGAUUUGUAUCAGUCUUCUACCUGGACGAUAUCCUGUUAUUUGGACAGUCAGCUCAAGAUUGCCGGAAAAAUGUUCGAGAGACUCGAAAGUUAAUUGAAAAAACCGGGCUAACAUUAAAUAUGGAAAAAUGCGUCCUUGAACCUUCGAAAGAAGUAAAAUUUCUUGGUUUUAUUUUCGAUUCGGGGAAAUUUUGUCUUAAAUUACCGCAAGGCAAGAGAAAUCAAAUAUAUGAUCUUGUGAUGAAAUUUCAAACUAUCGGUCAUUGUCAAAUCAGGAAAUUUGCCGAAUUUAUUGGAAUCCUAGUAGCUGCCAGUCCCGCAGUUCGGUACGGGACUCUAUAUACAAAAAAUUUCGAAAGAGAAAAAUUUUUAGCCGUGCAAAAAACAAACGGAAAUUACGAUAAAAAUAUGAAAAUAUCGGACAAACUAAUUCCAGACUUAGAGUGGUGGACAAAAAAUAUCGGAGAGUGUGUUAACCCGAUACGAGAAGACCAUUUUGAAAUGGAAAUUUUCAGCGAUGCCUCGCUAACAGGUUGGGGAGUAGCUUGCGAGGGAGAUCGGACACAUGGGUUUUGGAAUAGUCAAGAGAGAGAAGAACAUAUCAAUUAUCUUGAAUUAAAAGCAGUAUUUUACGGACUUAAAUGUUUUGCUAAAGAUAAAAAGUCGUGCGAGAUAUUACUUCGCAUUGAUAAUACGACGGCGUUGUCAUAUAUAAACCGUAUGGGUAGCGUUCAGUUUCCAAAGUUGUCAAAUUUGUCAACGGAAAUCUGGCGGUGGUGCGAGAUUCGCGAUUUAUGGAUUUUCGCUUCGUAUAUUAGUUCUCGCGACAAUAAAGAAGCAGAUGAGGAGUCGAGAGUCAAACAAAACGAAACCGAAUGGGAGUUAGCUAGUUGGGCAUACGAUCAAAUAGAGUCAACUUUCGGGAAAUUCGACAUAGAUUUGUUCGCAUCAAACGUAAAUGCAAAGUGCAAAAAAUUCGUCUCUUGGCACAGAGAUCCAGAGGCGUGUGCGGUAGACGCAUUUACCAUACCGUGGACAAAUUUAUAUUUUUACGCUUUCCCACCAUUUUCCGUCAUUCUAAGAACAAUUAGAAAAAUAAUUGCUGAGAAAGCAAACGGGGUGUUGGUUGCAAUUCCAUCCGUUACGAACCUCGCUUUCCCUGGUUGUCGGGAAAUUAUCGGGCAAGCGUUUGCCUUAAAAGGAGUUCCUCAUGAGUCGAUACCGAUAAAAAGAGUCAACCCGUUUCAGGCUCCAGUCGGAUGCGUUCUCGAGUUUUUAACCGUCUCUUUAUCCCACGUAAAAACUCAUGGGACGUCAAACUCGUAUAGGUCAGCAUUAGCGUUAAUAGUUAUAGGUGAUAUAGGGCAACAGCCCGUGAUCAAGAGAUUUUUUCGAGGUGUGGCUCACUUACGCCCGCAAUCAGCAAAAUACGACGAAAUUUGGGAUCCCGAUCCAGUUUUAUGUUACUUAAAAACGCUUUGGCCACACGACACAUUAUCGUUUGAGGAUUUGACAAAGAAAUUAGUUAUGUUAUUGGCACUAGUAACAGCACAAAGAGUACAAACUCUGUCAAAGAUUAGAUUAAGCUGUAUCGAGAAAACUGACACAGAGAUUAAAGUUAAGAUAAUAGAUCGUAUAAAAUCGUCGGGUCCGGGGAAAAAUCAACCCUUGUUAUGUUUACCGUUUUUUAUAAAACAGCCAAAGUUGUGUGUAGCAACGGUCUUGGACUGUUAUAUGAAGCGUUCGGCAAGGUUGCGACCUAAUAACGAAGAUUUCUUAUUAUUAACAUAUAAAAAACCUCACCGUGUAGCAACAACGCAAGCAAUACGGAGGUGGAUAAAAGAUGUAAUGGCCAAAAGUGGUAUUGAUACAAACACUUUCGGCUCACAUAGUACUAGACAUGCGGUUACUUCGGCGGCAUAUCGUAGAGGUGUAGAUAUCGAAACAAUCCGAAAAGCUGCGGGCUGA